CUCCCUCACAUCUGCUCUCUCUCUCUCUUUCUCUCUCUCUCACACACACAGAAUAUCUAGAGCCCUGCAGUGUUUGGCACAGCUGAUAGUUCCAGCUGACUCUCGACUGCAAGGCGUCCUGCCCCCGUCACUCCGCGCCGCAACAUGGAGCGAGUCCAGCACAUGACCAAGUCAGCCAUCCGCCGGGCCUCCCAGAUCGAAGUGAACCCACAGGCUAAAAGGAAUCUGCAGGAGCUCUUCGUCAACUUCACGCUCAUCCUCAUAUGCCUGCUCCUCAUCUACAUCAUAGUCCUGCUCAGCAGCUGAGGCUCCGCACUUUGACACGGAGUCAGCGACUCCCUGAAACGUCCUGAAUGUGCGAGUGAUUGAUGAAGUGAUGAAGUCUGUGUUGGUUCAUGAAGACUCCAGAAACCGGACUUACACUAUUGAAGUCCAGUAACCGACGAUGCACCUCAACUGGUGCCGACCAGGACUCACUGCGUUCACUCUGCAGUAUGGCGGUGACUCAGAAGAGGAGCCGCAGACGGGACAGAAACAUAAUGGUUUCCUGACGGAAACAAGAAUGACCAAUCCAUUCUCCUGUCUGAGCCGUCUGUCAGCAGAGUGGCCCUGAGGUCGAGCCUUGACCCGGGCAGAUUUACACCUUCACAGUAGCUGAGGAACCAAUGAACAGUUAGAGCAGUUCAAAGCUAAAGUUAAGCCUAAACAAGUUCACACUGAAAACAGCAUUUAAAUGCAACAUUUCCUGAAUGCAACACAGGUUCCUCUCGACUCCUAAAAUGAAGUGCAAAUUCAGCAUUUUUCACUGCAGCCGAACUUUGGUUAAACUGUCGGCAGAGUACUUCAUCAACAUAGACGUUUGAAAAUGAAAAUGUGUGGAUGAAAGUCACAAGCUUGGAGUGUAAUUUUAAAAUAAAAUCUCUACAACCUUUUUGCAG